UCUCCUUUUUAAUAUCUCCCCAGUCAGGCAAAGACUCCGUCUCGUUGCAACCACCUCCAAUUCAAUGACCAAACAAAUCCCCUUGACUUUCUUCUGUCUGCUUCCAACCCCCGUUCUUGCCCUUCUUGUUUCGAUGGAUCUGGCCGGCGGCGAAUACGGAAACACCGGCGACGAGUACAUGCCUUCCGAUGCGACUUCCACCACCAAAGAGGCGCGUCUCCCUCGCUCCCACUUCCCCGGCGCCGUCAAGCAGCGCGCCUACCGCUUCGACGGCCUCGGCAACUACUCCACCAAAGAAUGGGACCUCACAGAAGCCAACGGCAGCGGCAGCGGCAACGGCGGAGAGUUCUACUGGUACCACGUCGAGCUACCCAAAGGAAACCAGAAGCUAGCGGUCUCCACUCAAUACCUCAUCGACGUCCUCUGCCCGCCGUUAAAGCUCAACGACAUCCUAACGUUGGUCAGCAAUGGCCCCUUCUGCGGCCACGUCGAUGGCGCGUUGGUCUUCCGGGUGAACUCCCCGGGCCCGGCGGAGAGCAAUUUCACGCUCCGGCUUGCGGCGAGGGUGACGGAGAACUCGGUCGUCACGGUGUCGCUCGGGAGGGUGCCGAGGCUGGGGUUCUCGCCGACGGGGCGGUCGCUGCUGUCGGAGAUUCCGAGCGUGGGAGGCGAUGGGGAGAAGGGUGGGAGUGGGAGUUUUGUGAUUCCGGAGCAUGUGCUGGAGUUCUUGUUGACGAUGAAUCACUCGGAGGAGGCCGACAACCCGGUGCCCAAGACGGUGUCGAAUUUGGUCGUGCAUAUUAUCGAUACGCAUGUGGAUCAUGUGCAGGAUAUAGUGACGAAGCUGGAGAUGGAAUUGGACUCUGUGGAGCUCGAAGUGGAUAAAGGUGGCUCCUCAUUAAAGAAACAAAUGUUGGAUGAUAGAAGAUUCCCCAAAAUGCAUCUGAAUUUGCAACGCCUUCUACAGGUAGUUUCUCAUGGCGAACAGGUUUUUCUACGUGUAAAAGAGAAGUGUGCAACCAAAAGUUGGUUUGCAAGUGAAGACAUUGUUGCUCUUGAAGAAUUAAUUGGUCGCCUUAGGAGACUAAAGGAGAAUUUGGGAUUCAUAACAAAUCGGGUGACUGCAGUUCAGGCUGGUCUUGAUAGCUGGCAAUCAGAACAGAUAAACCGAAAGCUAUACUACCUUUCUUUCCUCUCGAUGAUCUUCCUUCCAUUAUCUAUUGUUACUGGAAUAUUUGGGAUGAAUGUCGGAGGUGUUCCGUGGACCAACCAGAGGGACCCUGAAUUGAAAGAUGGGUUCAUUAAUGUUAUGAUAGUUUGUGCAGUGAUACUUUUUCUUUUGUUAUGCUGUUUCAGCUUUCCAUCUCUCUACACACGUGUGUCUGCUUGGAGGAGACAGCGUGCACUAAGAAAAAGUUGGUCUAUCAAUAGAAAAUCUUUCUUAAGAAGAACCCUUGAUGGUGGACUUCAAAGAGGAGAUUACACACGCAUCUGAGUAGUUACCACCAAGAAAUCUUGUUCUCCUACCCCUUAAAAGAAAAUUUUGUCUUAACACCAUCAUCAAGGAGGAAAAUUUUGGAACACCAAGGAAAGAUUUCUGAAGUAUAUUCAGAUGUAAAAAGAUCAUGGGACCUCUAACAGCAGCUUGAAGUGUGCUCCAAAGAUUGAAAACUACUUUGAUAUUUAAUUUGUGGCGUACAAAGUAGUCAAAAUCAUCAUCUAUUGAAACUUCUGGAUUUUUUAUUCAUUUAUUGUUUUGAAAGUGUAGAGCCAUUGCAGCUUUGUUUGUAAUUAUGGGCUCUUAAGUUCUACUAAGGGCCAAACUAUAAGCAUUCCUUUCCCUUUUUUUUUUCAUGGAAUUCCUUUGCCUAUUUAAUUCAUAGUGUGUAUGUUCAAAAAUUCAGUUUUAAUGAUAUGCUUUGAUUUUUAAA